AUGACGUUCCGUUCAGGACACAACGUCACAAUUUAUAUGGAGCAGUAUGGUGAGGCAAUCGAUUUUGGUAACGGCAUCAAGCAAUGGUACAUCAAUAUGAUCGGUAAACAUAACUGA